GCGGGACGGGACGGUCCGGUCGGGUAUGGAGCGGGGCGCCGGGCCGGGCCCGGAGCUGGGCGCGGUGCUGGAGGCUGUGGAGGGGCGCGGCGGCGGCGCCGGCGACGAGGCGGUGGAGCGCGUCCUGGCAUGGUACAACGAGGAGAAUCGGGCCACUUUCAGGUUUGACCCUGCAGAUGAAGACAAAAGAAAGAAACUGUGUGAGGGAAUUCUAAACAUCCUUGAAAACGACACAAAAACUUCAUGUCAAGUUGCCUGCCUGGAGGCCCUCCGGAUUCUCUCCAGGGACAAGAAGGUUUUAGUGCCUGUAACCACGAAGAGAAACAUGCAGAUCCUUAUGAAGCUAGCAAAGCUGGACACUGUGGAAGAUCCACUGGAGAGAGUAUCUGAAUUUCCUGUGAUAGUAGAAGCCUUAAAAUGCCUCUGUAACAUAAUUUUUAAUAGUUCAGUUGCACAGAAGCUCAGUUUGGAACUGAAUCUUGCAGCAAUGCUCUGCAAUCUUCUGCAGAAAUGUAAGGACCGGCAGCUUGUUGAUGACAUUAAAUGCUUUGAUUUGCGUCUCCUCUUCCUCUUGUCGCUUCUGCACACAGAUAUUAGAGCACAGUUGCGCCAGGAGCUACAAGGGGUGCAGGUUUUGACUCAGGCUUUGGAGAGUUCCCUGAGUGUAAGAUGGACAGAAGAAUAUAAGGCAGCAGAAGAUCGUGACAGGCCUCCUCUAUCUUUGCAAGAGACAGAUUGUGCCAUUGAGGCACUAAAGGCUCUGUUUAAUGUAACACUUGACAGUUGGAAUGUCCACAGCAAGAAUGAAUCUCAUCAAUUUCGUUACAUGGCUGCCAUCCUUCGACAUUGCUUAUUAACCACGGGCCCUACUGAAGAAAAAACUGAAGAGUUGCACAGCAAUGCAGUCAACCUCUUAAGCAAUGUUCCUGUUUCUUGCUUGGAUGUUCUUAUUAACCCGUCGUCCCAAGAGGAAACAGAUAUAAAAUACAAUGGUAUGAAUAUGGGAGCUAUUCAGAUUUUACUGGAUUUCAUGGAGAAGAGAAUAGACAAGGGAAGCAGCUACAGAGAAGGUCUGACUCCAGUUCUCAGUUUAUUAACUGAAUGCUGCCGAACUCACAGAAAUAUCAGGAAGUUUAUCAAAGCUCAGGUACUGCCCCCAUUAAGAGACGUCUCAAACCGUCCUGAAGUUGGCACAACAGUGAGGAACAAGCUUGUGCGCCUUAUGACACACGUUGACCUUGGAGUAAAGCAAAUUGCAGCAGAAUUUCUUUUUGUUCUUUGUAAAGAGAGAGUCGAUAGCUUGUUGAAGUACACAGGCUAUGGUAAUGCAGCAGGAUUGUUAGCAGCCAGGGGCCUGCUAGCAGGAGGAAGAGGAGAUCAUUGGUACUCGGAUGAUGAGGAUACGGACACAGAAGAAUACAAAUCUGCAAAGCCAAACAUUAACCUUAUCACUGGUCACUUAGAAGAACCAAUGCCCAAUCCAAUGGAUGAAAUGACAGAAGAGCAAAAAGAAUAUGAAGCUAUGAAGCUUGUCAACAUGUUUGAUAAACUUUCCAGAGAUGAGCUCAUAAAGCCAAUGGGAGUGCGGCCGGAUGGGACUAUGGCUCCUUUGGAGGAAGCAGUCAGCCAGUACCAUACCAGCAAGCAAGAGAGCUCAGAUUCAGACUAAGGCAUCACCUGCUUUACUCUCAAUUCUCCUGUAAUCCACACUUCUCCUUAGAGCCACAUCUUUUAUCCUCACAUUAGCCAGCAUCACUUUAACUGUUCUAUUAUUGGCAUAUUUAAAUGAUGGGUCCUGUGCUGUAAUGUCUGAAUUUUUAUUAUGUCUGUUUAGAGAACAUAUCAAUUUAUUAGUUUAUGAUCUUUAUUAAUUUAAAAUUAAAUGUAUUUUAAAAGGGUAAAAAGUGAAAGCCUACAGUGUAAAAUAAAGUCCACUUUCGUUUUCCAGAAUCCUGUUUUCUGAACUCUGUAGGUUUUCCCAUUCUUGAUAACCUUUUGUAUUGUCUUGCCAGUCUUCCUCUUUAUAUAAUUGUAUUCAUGAAGUGUGUUUACUUAAUGGCAUAAGGAGCAGAGGGUGUUCAGACUUAGAAGUCUGAUUGACCUUGUGAGGCUGCUUUAGCUGGCAUUGAGCAGUGAUUUCAAAGCUCCUGUUUUUGAAGUGCCCUGGGGUUUCUUACUGCUACAAACUUCUCCAGUUAAGCUGCUAUUUACAAUUUUAACAAUGUGUCAGUGACAGACUGCUUCUAAAACUGCCUUUAAAUUGGGAAACAAGAAGAUGGAUUUUGUACGUCUUCCCUCCCUCCCUGGUUAAGACCACACGAAUAUACCUCCUCCUCCCCUCUUUGGUUGAGUAAAAACAUCCCUAUUGAAACUGGUGUUCAAGAAUUGCACUUGAUGCCAUGAAUGGGAGGGGACUGGAGUGCAUGUGCCAGUGUUUCACUGAAUUGGGGCCUGCUUUUGGAGAUUAACUGCUGUGCCUCACUUGAAGGAAAGUCAAACUAAUCAACAAAGAAAUAUUUCCUCUUAGAGAGAACUUAGGGAGCAAUGGAAUAGAGAAUGGGAGGGUAGAAAGGAGAAGUGUCACUUUCAAUUCUGUACUCUUUAAAAACAAAGAUUAAAGUUGUAGGCGUGCUGCACUGAUGUUGUUGCCUCUUUGCCUGCUUGGUUUCUUUCUGUGUUUCUCCCAGCAUGAAUUACAUGAAGAAUAAUCCAUGCCCUAGUUUUGAAUUCUGUAUUUUGUGCAGCUUAAACAUGCCAUUCAUUGGGAAUGUUUCAGAAGUUGGUGUUGGUUCUCCAGUUUGUCUUUGUUUCCUAUGACUUGAUACCGGUUCUUUGAACUAAGGAAGAUGGUGUUCAAAGACCCCGUAAAGAGGGAUUUUGUAUGAAAUUGUGCUGUGGUUGCUUAUGUGAGCAGCUUCUGCAGAUGAUCUUAGUCUUCCAAAAGAACUGAAAAGAAAAA